AUGGGAAACAGCGGCCCCCAAGGCAGAGGCAGGGAGAGGCUGGGGGUCAAAUGGACGUAUAGUGGGCCAGAGGGAGAACACCAUUGGUCCAAGCACUAUCCAUUCUGUGGGGGAGCCUUCCAGUCUCCCAUUGACAUCCAAAGAGAUUUCCUGCAGUAUGAUCCAAACCUGCUUCCCAUUGAGAUUCAGAACUACAACCUGUCCUCCAGUGAGCAGCUCACACUAGGAAACAAUGGACACUCCGUUCAGCUUUCCUUGCCCUCUAGUAUGUACAUCUCCAGCCUGCCUCAGCGAUACUCAGCUGCGCAGCUCCACUUCCACUGGGGCUCCUCCACUCUCCCCUCAGGUUCUGAGCACACCAUAAAUGGCAAACAGUAUCCAGCAGAGAUGCAUGUGGUGCAUUUCAACUCCGAUAAAUAUCCCAACAUUUCUAUGGCUAUGGACAAGUCUGAUGGCCUGGCAGUGCUGGGAGUCUUGAUGGAGCUGGGUGAAUUCAAUCCUGCCUUUGACCAGUUCCUCAAGUACAUCAAUGGUAUCAAGUACAGAGAUCAGAAAUUGCAGGUUCCAGCCUUCAAUAUCCGUGAGCUGCUUCCGUCCCGUCUGGAUGAGUAUUAUCGUUACGAUGGCUCGCUGACUACACCACCCUGCUACCCCAGUGUCCUCUGGACAGUGUUCAGAAGACCUAUCACCAUCUCACCCAAACAGUUCCAGACACUGGCAAGCACAGUGUAUUCUUCUCAUGCACAAGAGUCUGCUUCAGUUCCUCUCGCCGGAAACUACCGGAAGCCACAGCAAAUGGACAACAGAGUGGUCUUGGUGUCCUUCCAGGAGGGCCGAGGGCUGCAUGGUACUCUCACAGAGUCCUGUCCUGUCCAGAGAAGGAAAGUCAUUCAUCAGCUGCUUUUGGGUGACCUAGCAGACCUGGCUGAUGAACGCCUCCACCAGCCUCUGCCGAUGGAUACAUAUAAGGCCUCCGCAGCAAACCAGCAGGCAAACAAGAAGAGUCAUCGCAGCUGGAGUCAGGCCACACAGAAGCAGCAACAGCAGAAGAAACACAAUCCCUCUAUCUGGAAGAAUCCUCAAAUUAGCCGCUAUGUGAGGAAGAGUAGUCUGAGUUUUGUCUCCUUGGAGGAGAAUGUCUCCUAUCACCUGAAAAGAUUUAACGCUGAAGACAAGCUAAUCCAAACCUUGAGGGAUGUUGCUUCACUUGAGCUGAAUCUCAAGAGCUACCUGGACUGCAAAUCCCAUCUGAGCCCCCAAACCGUCAGGCAGCUUCUCCAUGGCAGACCCUCAGAUGAGGCAACUGAACUGUACCAGUCUCUGACCAAAGCCACGCUUGGGCAAAGGAAGAGGCCUGUGAUACAACCACAAGGCUUAAAGCUGAACAAUGCUCAGAGCACGGUCCACAACAGCCACAGAUUUCAGCAUGCAGAACGGGAGGAUUAG